UAAACCCGCUUAUUCCAGUGCAGUGUCAUGGGUGGGGCUGGAGCCUAUCCCAGCAGCUACAAGGCGAGAGGCAGGGUGAAUCUUGGACAGGUCACCAGGCUCAGCAGUGAGUGUUACACUCACUCCUGGGGAGAAUUUAUAGUGACCAUUUAAACUAACAUGCAUGUCAUUGGAUGGUGGGUGGAAGCCAGAGUACCCUGAGUACCUGAAGAACCCACGCGUAGAGAGAAUGUGCAAAAUAUUCAAGGCGAGCGAUGCAUGCUGCAAACGGUGUGUGCGUGUAGUGUGAGUAAGAACCAUCGGUGUAUGCGUGUGCUUGUGCGUGUGGGUGUGUGUGUGUGCGUGUGUGUGUGUGGAGAGAGAGAGAGACAUAGACUGAGCCGCUAACACGGAGCAUGCCUCUACGUCCGGCAGCCGGCAAACAUGAGCCACCCAGCUCUCCACGGCAGGACCAGGAGCAGCAGCAUACACACUCACACACACUCACACACCCUUACACACACGCACCAAACGGCAGCCAGGGGGCCAGCACUGACAGCAGCAGCUCCCGGGAAGAGGACAGCGGUGUUCCCGUUCCUCACGGUGUUACGGCUUUCCGUCCCGGUGCAGAGCAUAGCUACAGUGCAGGAGCACCCAUGGAGGAGCCGACAGGCAACACUGUGGUCAUCCGCAUUGGAAUCCCAGACCUACAACAGACGAAAUGUUUGAAAUUCAAUGUGGAUGCUCCAAUCUGGCUGUCCAAGCAGCGAAUCCUGUGUACUCUAAACCAGAGCCUCAAGGAUGUACUCAACUAUGGCCUAUUCCAGCCAGCUUACAAUGGCAGGGCUGGCAAGUUUCUGGAUGAGGAGAGACAGCUAAGGGAAUACCCCUUCCCAUCCAUUGCUCCUGUACCUUACCUGGAGUUUCGUUACAAAAGACGUGUCUACACUCAGACCUACUUGGAUGAAAAGCAGUUGUCUAAGCUCCACACCAAGGCUAACUUGAAGAAGUUCAUGGAAUAUGUGCAGCAGAGGAACAUCGAAAAGGCCUCAAGGUUCCUUGAAAAAGGCCUGGACCCUAACUUCCAUGAUCCAGACACAGGAGAGUGUCCACUAACCCUGGCAGCACAGUUGGAGGGAUGUGCAGACCUCAUCAAAGUGCUAAAGAGUGGAGGGGCACAUCUGGACUUCAGAACAAAGGAUGGCAUUACAGCCCUGCACAAGGCCGUGCGCAGCAAGAACCACACAGCGCUUAUAACUCUGCUGGACUUGGGUGCAUCACCUGACUACAAAGACAGUAGGGGACUGACUCCUCUCUACCACAGUUCAAUGGUAGGAGGGGACCCCUACUGCUGUGAGCUGCUGCUGCAUGAUCACGCGCAGGUGGGCUGCAUGGAUGAGAAUGGCUGGCAGGAGAUACACCAGGCAUGCCGCUAUGGCCAUGUGCAGCACUUGGAGCACCUGCUCUUCUAUGGAGCUGACAUGAGCGCCCAGAAUGCAUCUGGAAACACCGCCCUCCAUGUGUGUGCUCUCUACAACCAGGAUAGCUGUGCACGAGUUCUUCUGUUCCGGGGGGCCAAUAAAGAAAUAAAGAACUACAACAGCCAAACUGCUUUUCAGGUGGCAAUUAUCGCUGGAAACUUUGAUCUGGCAGAAAUCAUUAAGGUCCACAAAGCAUCCGAUGUUGUGCCUUUCAGGGAGACCCCCUCCUAUACCAAUCGUAGACGCGUGACAACUGGCCCCCUGCCCUCACCACGAUCGUUGCUACGCUCUGCGAGUGACAACAACUUGAACGGUGACCACGAUCACAUCCACAGUCACCCCCCUCGACAAGGCCGUGGCCGUCAGGGUCACUCCCCUGUCCCCUCACUGCGCAGCCUUCCAGCUUUUGGGCAACAGCAAAGCAGCCUUGGAGAAGUAAGAAAAUUUGGAAAGAGUCGUCAUGGAGAGAUCCCUGACAGCAGUCUCCAGAGCACUGGCAGCUCCAGAUCCUCCCAUUCCCGCUCACCUUCUCUACAUCACAUGCACGAAGAGGACAAACCGGUCCCCAGACGGUCACACAGUCACGGUUACCCUUAUGGACAUGGACCUCGAGGGAGACUCAGCCCCGGCUCAGUGCAGCGAGAUCCAAGCCCACCUCAUCACACCCCCCCAGCACUGACAGGCCCCCGUGGGCCCAAACGGAAACUCUACAGUGCUGUCCCAGGACGUACGUUCAUUGUGGUCAAGCCCUAUACGCCACAGGGGGACGGAGAGAUCCAACUAAACCGUGGAGAACGGGUCAAAGUGUUGAGUAUCGGAGAAGGAGGAUUCUGGGAAGGCACAGUCAAAGGGAGGACAGGCUGGUUUCCAGCAGACUGUGUGGAAGAAGUUCAGAUGAGACAGUAUGACCCACGGCUAGAGACUCGGGAGGACCGCAAUAAAAGACUGUUCAGACACUACACUGUGGGAUCUUACGACAACUUCACCUCAUACAGCGACUACAUCAUAGAGGAGAAGAAUGCUGUUUUACAGAAGAAAGAAAAUGAGGGCUUUGGUUUUGUCCUUCGGGGAGCUAAAGCCGAAACUCCCAUUGAAGAGUUCACUCCCACCCCAGCGUUUCCUGCCCUGCAGUAUUUGGAGUCUGUGGACGUGGAGGGAGUGGCCUGGAGGGCUGGUCUCAGAACAGGCGACUUUCUCAUUGAGGUAAAUGGCGUGAAUGUAGUCAAGGUGGGCCAUAAGCAGGUGGUGUCCUUGAUCCGGCAAGGGGGCAACAGGCUGCUGAUGAAGGUGGUUUCUGUCACGCGGAAGCCUGAGUCUGAGGAAGUUGUCCGUAAGAAAGCUCCCCCACCACCUAAGAGAGCUCCCAGCACUACCCUGACAUUGCGCUCAAAGUCCAUGACCGCUGAGCUGGAGGAACUGGCUUCUGCUCGUCGGAGAAGAGGAGAGAGACUAGAUGAGAUGUUGGCAUCGCAGGAAUCUAUGUUGCGUUCUCAACCCUCGGAGGCAGAUUACAGAGCAGCCACUGUCAAACAACGGCCUACCAGCAGGAGAAUAACACCAGCAGAGAUCAGUUCAUUGUUUGAGAGACAAGGAAUGACUCUACAUGGAGCUCUGCACCCAGGGAUCGAGAGAGGUCACAUACCACUACCAAAGGGCAUGUCCAGGACCAAGUCUUUUGCUCACUCUAAAUCACCAGCUGAUCUCUGCUCGUCACCCCCCUCAUCAGGUGCCACAGAGGAGGAUCGGCUGUCUGCCCUUGCAGGCGAGCACAGAUUUCCCCGCAGUUCUUCGAUGACCGACAGCCUCCGAGAGCAUUCACAACCCCAUCCUAUCCCUCCACCUCCUCAAACCGCACCUCCACCUCCUCCCUACUACCUGGACACUGGUCCUCCCCCAGCUUUCUGCCCUCCUCCACCCCCAUCUAGGACCCAGAGUCAGGGCCAUGAGCCUGGAGGACGUUCCAGCUUCAAGCCAUCCUCCUUGGACCUGCCUUAUGAGGCCGCUCAGCGGCAGGCCACACAAAUUGAGAGACAAAAGAAAGCACGCUCAAUGAUCAUCCUGCAGGACUCCUCCCACCUACCUGUAGAACCUACAGAAAUUCCACGUCCCUCUGCUGCUAUUCCACCUGAGCGAAUCAAAAGAAAGGGUAGGGUAAUUGACAACCCUUACGCAAAUGUGGGUCAAUUCAGCAUUGGCCUGUAUACACCUACUAAGCCCCAAAGGAAGAAAAGUCCCCUGGUGAAACAGCUACAGGUAGAAGAUGCACAAGAAAAGGCUAGUUUGGCCUUAGCUGCUGCCCACUCACGAGAGAGCUCACCCUCAGGACGACAUCCACUAACCCAUGGGCAUACACACACCAGCCGUGCCGACUAUUACCAGCAGCAGCUGAUGGCUGAGCGUGAGCGUAUACGUGCCCAGGGAGAGAUGAUACUUCAGGGUAAGGGCCCCUUUGCUGCUGCAAUCGCUGGAGCAGUAAAAGAUCGUGAGCGUCGCCUAGAAGAUCGGAGGAAAUCCACUGUCUUCCUUUCUGUUGGGACCAUGGAGGGGACAUCUGCAACUAGCCCUGAUUCCCCCUCUCUGACUCAGUCUCACUCCAUAGAUGAACGGAUGCUGACCCGAGAGCUGGGACAGCUCCCCCCCCCUGCCUUGACUCUGAGCCCCUCACCUAGUGGGACCACUUUUAUUCAUCCACUUACAGGAAAGCCUCUCGACCCAAAUUCACCACUGGCUCUUGCGCUGGCCGCAAGGGAGAGGGCACUAACCUCCCAGAGUCAGUCUCCUACUAGCAGCCCAGAGCCUCGGACUAAACUAGAGCGAGUAGGCCAGGGUGUAGUAUUCAUUGAUACUCAGACCAAAGAGUCUCCACAUGGGGAUGGGGCAACUACAUCUCCUCCCUUUUCACCGAAAAGCGCCAAGGCAGCUGGGUAUGGAGCUGGAUCCUCCCCAGCACCUAUUUUAGCUCCUCAGCCCACCAAACCACAAUGGGUCACAUCACCAUCACUUAUAUCAUUCCGCCAAGAGAUGGAAGCUAGAAUAGAGGAAAGGAAAGAGGAAAAGAGGCUAGAGGAUAAAAAAAGUAUGUUGAUAAGUAUUAUGGAUACAUCACAGCAGAAGACAGCAGGGCUAAUAAUGGUUCAUGCUACCAGUAAUGGUCAGGAUGUUGAGGUGGGUUCAGAGCAAGAACAAGCACCUGUGCCUGCAUCUGUAGAGCCCAGUAAAUCACCAAGCCCGCGGGCUAAACCCCCCAGUCCCACUGUGUCCCAGCCCCAGGCCCAACUCCAGACCCAACCCCAGGUCCUGCCGCAAACUCAGCGUCCUGCCAGUCCUGCACAAGAGAAGAGUCUGGCUCAGGGAAGUUCGGAGGAGGAUGUGGAUCCAUACACAGUCACCUUGCCCCCUGCCAUGUUAUCCUCCAGUGAUGAAGAAACAAGAGAGGAGCUACGAAAGAUUGGAGUCGUUCCACCACCAGAUGAGUUUUCAAAUGGGCUGCAGGCACAGGCACAGGGGACACCAGCCCCCCCUGCCAAACCUGUCACCUCUCCUGCCACCCCAACAACACCAACAACCCAAACUCCCUCAACUUCAAUUACUCCAACUGUGACCCCCACCCAACUUCAGCCUCCCCAGCCCCCACCUCCACCCACUACAGCAGCUGUCUCAGGGAAGCCCUCUGAUCCUCUGGAGCCCCCACCGGUGGGCGAGUCUGGCUCUGCGGCUGACUCAGGUGUGGAGGAGGCUGACACACGCAGCUCUAGCGAGAGAGAGCGAGAUCACCACCUCGAGACCACCAGCACCGUCUCCACAGUUUCCAGCAUGUCUACAUUGUCCUCAGAAAGCGGCGAGCCUGCUGACACUCACACCACGCACACCUCCUAUGCUGACGGGCAGACUUUUGUGCUCGACAAGCCGCCAGUGCCUCCUAAGCCCCGUCUCAAGUCCCAGAUAGGAGGCAGUAAAGGCCCUGUCACCUUCAGGGACCCUCUGCUAAAACAGAGCUCUGACAGUGAGCUGCUAUCGCAACAACAGGCUGCUGCCCUGGCUGCUGCUGCAGCUGGAGGAGCUGGGCUCCCUGCAGGUGGUUCUGCCUCAGUGACUGGUCUCGCUUCCACUAAGCCACGCUACCUCUUUCAGCGGAGGUCCAAGCUGUGGGGGGACCCAGUGGAGCCUCGAGGACCGGGGUUGGGGCUAGGUAUUGGGAGUUUGGGCAAUCUUGGUGGGCUUGGACUUGGGCUGGGUGCAGAUGAGGGUGCAAAACCAUCUGUUAUGGGAGAACUAAGUUCACGUCUACAGCAGCUAAAUAAAGACACUAGGUCUCUGGGUGAGGAGCCGCUGGGAGCAUCACUUGACCCAGGGAGGAAGUCACCUGUGGCAGGUGCCAGACUUUUCAGCAGCCUAGGCGAGCUCCACACUAUUUCUCAGAGAAGCUAUGGAACCACAUACACCAUCCGCCCUGGUAGCCGUUACCCUGUCACCCGGCGCACCCCUAGCCCAGGCUCACCUGAUCGAGGCGACCCCCUAGGACGAUUCUCAGGCUUCGGUCUGCCCACCUCACCGACCACACCUCCUCAAACCAUCCUUAAGUCAUCUAGUCUCAGCUUACCGCAGGAGCCUAAAGAGGUGCGCUUUGUAAUGAGGAGCUCCAGCGCCCGCUCCCGCUCCCCUUCCCCUUCCCAUUCUCCUGGGUUAGGCUCACCACUUUUAGCCCUCCGGCCCUUUCACCAAAAGCCCCUACAUCUUUGGAACAAGUACGACGUUGGAGAUUGGCUGGAGAGUAUCAAUCUGGGGGAGCACAGAGCGGGGUUUCAGGAACAUGAAAUUGAAGGCUCUCACCUCCCCGCUCUAACCAAGGAUGACUUUGCAGAGCUGGGAGUGACACGAGUUGGACACCGCAUGAACAUUGAACGAGCACUUAAACAGCUGCUGGAGAGCUGACCCCUGCCCUGAGACAGAGCAACAGACAUGAAGACAGACUGAUGCAGAGCUGAUAAAAAUAAGAAAAACAAUAAGGAUGUUCCUCUUUUACUUCAGCUGCUUUUAUGUUGAGUAUUAAAAAUGUUCACCUGUGGUCCAUAGCGAAACUUAAAACCCUGCACUUGGCAUUGAACAGAAAAAGAUGAGAUAAUAAUUAACCCCUCACCCUCUGCUCAGCCCUUACUGUAUGGUCUACCAUCAUGCCUGCAGCCAAUUAGAUCAGACCUCAGUAUAAUCAAUGGUAUUUCUUUGCUGAGCAGAACUGCAUGAGCUCCAGUUACAUCAUUUGGUUUGUGAGAAGUUGAGUUGUUUCCUCAGUAACACCCUCAUUUUCUCACUAUUUUCUCUCUACCUCCCCCCUCCCCCCCUUGUAUUAGGCCUCCAAAAGCCUUCAGCAGUUUGAGUAAAGGAGGAGGAAGCGGUUUGGUUCCAAGCAUAAAGCUCAGUUGCCUUUAAAAGUAAAAAAUAUAAAAAUAUUUAUACAAAAAUCAACAAUGAUGAACACAAAGCUAUGGAAAUAGCCCUGACACAACUCUGAAAAGGUGUGUCUUCUGUAUACCCGCUGUUAUUUUUAAACCGAAGACUUUAGAGCCCAGAGGUGGAGCUCCACAAAGUAAACAAUAGGAGAAAACCCCUCUGCCUUGGUACCCAGACUGUGCUAUCUAUUAUAUUUGGAGAAUGUUUAACCAACACUCGUGGCUUUUUUCAUAAUCAAUUUUUUUGGUUUUCCAAAGGGAAUAUUAUAUAAAUAGGUAUUAUAUAAAUUAAUAUAUAUGUAUCUAAAUAUAGCUUUCAGAAGAAAAGACAAUGUUGCAAGACAAAAUGUAAUAAAUGAAUUUGCGCCUGUUUUUGAUUUUUAGAAUAGAAAGCAGAGAGAAAUCUUUAAAUCUAUUCAUUUGAUAGUUUAUUCUUUUCUACCUGUUAUAAACACACACACACAUUUAUAUAUGUGUAUAUA